UUUCGCCUAGUCAGUUAGAGGUGACAGUUUAACGCGAAAGUGAUUGCUAAUUCGCUUGUAAACAUCGCGCCUAGCAGCUUGAGGAGUUCUCUUCAGUGUAACGAAGGUUGGCGAACGACUGACAAAUCAUUCAACCUGCUGAUGCUAUGGAUGCGUCCUCUUGACCCGGUUCACGUUGGAUUAUUUUACAUCGUUCUUCAUGAUUAGAAAUGAUAUGGCUUCCAGCAGCUCUGCAACAAUUACACACGAUGAAUUUGACCAAGAGGAAGCCCCACCCACCCUCAAGGAUUUCGCUGCAAAUCUCCUUAAAGGUAACAUCAUAGAGGAGUCAGCGGAAUUGCUGACUGUCUAUCGUGAAGAAGAUGAAUUUGAAGACUCAGACAGCGAUGAAAGUGACAUUGUCGUCGAACCGGCACCGCACGAAGAAGAAGUAGUCGAAGAUGCUAAAACAAAGAAAUUUGGCCACACCGUCAAAGGCGAGAUAACGUUGGAUGACUUGCCACCAGUCGAGAGGCUUCAGAUCACCGUUGCACAGGAUCUUUUGGUUCACGUUGGUGAGCUGUACUCAUUCGUUGACUGUCUUGUCGUAGUGGAAUCUACCGGUGACCACCCUGUGCUUAAUCUCGAUACAGCUCUGUUCCUCGGCGAUGGUCGUGCUGUUGGCUUAAUCUUCGACGUUAUUGGACCUGUCAAAAGGCCGUACUAUGUCCUCCGUUUCAACAAUUCACAGGAGAUUGCCGACGAACAUUUGGAAAAGGGAACAAAGAUCUUCUAUGCAAACGGUCACGACAAAACGUUUUUCGUGUUUGAGAAGCAGAUUAGGGAAUUGAUGCAGAUGAAGGGCUCGGACGCAUCAUGGGAACACGACAUUGAGCCGCCGGAGCACGAGCUCGAUUACUCAAACGAUGAAGAAGAGAAAGCAGCCAAACAGGAAAGGCGUGCGAAGAGACAUUUGAAUGGGCAGCUGGUCGACAGACGAGGAUCCAAAGACGACAACAACAACAAUAGUAACGGUAGCAACAACAACAACGGUAGCAACAAUUACCGUAACCGUCGCAAGAGCAGGGCUGACAUUCUCAGCGACGAUGGACCUUCUACAGCGGGCCCAAAUGGCAGCACUUCGACGUUGCCUAGACGUCACUCACAGGACUUCCGUCCACGACUUCCGUUACAGCAGCAGUCUCUUGUUAGGCGGAUCAACGUGAACAAUCGCAAUAAUUUUCGUAACCGCAACCCAAUGGGGGUACAUCACAGUAAUAUGACAGCACAGCAUAGCUACGUAAUGCCGUAUCCACAAGCUUACCCACAAGUAGCUCAGGACCCCUGGUCAAUGUCCCGCGGGCAAUAUAAUGCAGUGUUGCCAAUGCCUCAGCCCGUAUAUGGUCCUGGAACAAAUUGCCCUGUUGUGUUCAGUGGUUCUCCAUAUAUAGCUCCACAAUUUCCACCCGGUGUGCAAUUUCUACAUGGAGCACAGUUUCCCCCGCCUCUUUAUAUGGCUCCGCCUCCGGCGCCCCCGCCAUCGGGACAAUAUCCUGGGCCAUACCAAGUAGGACAGCCCAGAUAGAAAAAGAUCACGCA